AUGUCUGAUUCAGAAGAAGAAGCUAACAAUUUGGAUAUGCAUAUGGAUGAGUAUAUUAGACGGAUAGAUGUGGAGGACUACAUCCAGGGUGAUGUUCGUUAUUGGCCUUACUUCAAAGACUGCAUUGGCGCGAUAGAUGGAACACAUGUGGCCAUUCUUGUACCGGCUGAGAAACAAGUCCCAUUUAUGAAUAGAAAAGGGUACACCUCAACAAAUAUUCUAGCCGCAUGUGACUUCAAUAUGUGCUUCACAUUUGCGCUUAUUGGGUGGGAAGGAUCGGCACAUGACACACGUAUAUUAAUGGAGGCUUUGAGAAAUUCAUCUUUGAAGUUUCCUCAGCCACCCGAAGGGAAAUACUACCUUGUGGAUUCUGGGUAUCCUACAAUGAAAGGAUUUUUGGGGCCAUACAAGAGUGCAAGAUAUCACAUUCCACAAUUUAGGAUGUCUCGUGCAUUUAGGUCUCCAAACGAAGUAUUCAACUAUCAUCACUCGAGUUUGAGAAGUGUUAUAGAAAGAACAUUUGGAGUUUGUAAAGCAAGAUGGAGAAUUCUACAAAAUAUGACCAAGUAUACUAUGAAGGUCCAAUUCCGAAUUAUAUGGUCAUGUUUUGCUCUUCAUAAUUUUAUUCGUAGAAUGGGAAACAAUGAUUUGGAUGUUCUUGAGAGGCUUGAACACAUCAACCAAAUUCAAGAAGGAGAAUGUGGCUUUGAGGAUGAUGAUAGUGAAAGUUCAUUUGUAUGGCAACAACCUACGAAUGAAGACACUAAAGAAAUUAUCAAACUUAGGAACAAUAUUCGUGAUGAACUCUCCAAUCAAAAUAUGAGUAAUGUAAUGUAA